UUUAGUUUGUGUGCUAGUCGCUUGCACUGGUGAAUUAGACAGGAAUUUUUUAAUUCAGUCUUUCCAAAAAAUGAAAAAAGUCAGUGACGAAUGUGUUGCUGAAACUCAAGCUACUAGAGAUGAUAUUAGAAAACUCUUAAAUCGGAAAAUACCAGAUUCACAUGAAGGCAAAUGCAUGAUUUUUUGCUUUCACAAAUAUUUUCACAUUCAAAAUGAUGACGGAUCUUUGAAUAAAAUGGAUGCUAUUUCUUUAUUAGAACCCAUUAAGCAAUUCAAUCGGGAUAUUUAUAAUAAAGUUGUUAAAAUAGUUAAUACUUGUUUUGAUACAGCUGAAAAUAACGAUGACUCUUGCAUUUAUGCUUCAAAUUUAGCUGAAUGUGCCAUCAGUGAAAGUAAAUCGAUGGGUUUUAUUUUAAAUCGAUGGGUUUAAACGACUUGUUGGUGAUCGAAUAAGAAAUAAUGCCAAUUUGUUCGAAACACAAAUCUUAUAAAUAAAUAAUCAACUAGCAA